CCAUUUCACCUCAUCUAUGGAGGAACGCGAUCACAUUGGGCUGCGACUUCUGCCACUUUCCCACCUCCUGCCAAUUUAAUCCCUUCUGCAGCAAAUGAUCUAAGCUGUUGCGUCGCCAGGGAUGUAAUUAUCACAGUCGAGUACCACCUCCCGUGUUGAGCAAGGUAAAGUAGAUGCGUGUGUUGGUGGCGAUGACAGCGGUGAUGGCGUGCGUGAGAGUCUCAGAGCCACACGAGAUGGACACAGUGCUUACGAAACUCCACGAGAACUGUACAGGGAGUCUGGUGGAGCUGCUGCUGCUACAACAGGACAUUCGUAUGUCUCAGUUGGUGGACCAACAGAAAGAACUUGUCAACACAGUGAGCAGUAUCGCGCAGAUGCUAAGAGAAGCUCUACCCGCCAAGCAGCCCACACGCACUUAUCCAAUUCAGUGUGUAUCACCGUUCAGCCGGGCGGGGAAGUCCUGUUUGCUGUUGGCCCUGGGACAGCGACUUGAUUGGGCCAACGCUCGCCAGUACUGUGUAGUUCUGGGCGGCGACCUCGCUUCCUUCCAUGACUUGACCACCUAUGUUGACUACGUGAAUUUUAUCAACUCCAUCAACACUGAGAGAGCCACCGCGGAUAUCUGGAUCGGUGGAAGAGACGAGGACUCAGAAGGCUUGUGGCUCUGGGUGACGGGAGAGCCCAUGCCUAAAGGGGCGCCAAUCUGGGGCUCAUAUGAUGGUUACAUUCUAGAGCCAGGUGGCGGGCGUCUGGAGAAUUGCGCCACACUGGUCUACCCAGACAGGUACUACGUCCACGAUAUAACCUGUCAGCAUAAAGGUAUCCCGCUUUGUCAGAAGUAUAGCGACCACUGAACCAGAAGCUACAACACCACUCCAGCUGACUGACGGCAGAUGGAGCCAAUCUAUCUGGUGUCAAGUGAAUCCAAACUGCACAGGAUUACAAAAGAAGAAUAACUAAGUAUAGGAUGAAUAUUGUCACCUUGCUCUAAAUAGAAUCUUGACUUAUUUAACACUGUAAGACCCCACUCAGGUAUGUCAUGGCUAAUAUCAUUAAAUAUGAACUUCCUGAUACCUAUUGUUCAUCUACCAUGCAGAGACAGGCUAAGAGAGAGGAACGAAUCAUAAGAGCCACAUUAAGUGCUUAAGUGAGUAGCUUACUUCACCCACAUUACUGGUGAUACAUUUCAUUACAUACACGACAAACUUACAUAUGGUCCCCUUACUAACUGUUGGUAGUACAUGAGAUGCACUCUCAACACACAUGUUAUUACUGAAACCAACUCAUACAUGGGUUCACUACCCAACAUGGGAUAAUUAUUUCCAGUUAAUUAUCCCCAAACAUAUACAACACACUCUAUGGACCAUAUAACUCCAAGGCAUGUCCCAGGGUAUAACACUGGCGCCUGUAACACUGCCGACCGCUGUUGUGGUCGGUUAUACUCUGACACGUGUUGACAGCUGGGCUGACGGGAUUUCCGACUCUUCUUUACCGAACACGCUGAUUGGUUCAACUGAUCGAGUUGUGAUUGGUUGCGAGAUCAUGACGUAAUAUUACUAUUUUC